AGAGAGCGGUGAGGAGGGUAGGACUGAAAGCAGCAAGCUACUGCGAUGCCCCCUCUGCUCAUAUGUGCAUUAAUUGCCUGAAGCAGUCUCACAGGAGAGUUUGGUGCCCUAAGUUGCACAUUAGUACCACCUGAGAGCAAGUUUUCUCAGAAAUACUUCACAGGCAGCUCAGUAGCAGUGCACACAACAAUUGAAGGUCUUGAUUCAUCAUGGAGUCCUUAUCUCUACCUUUUCAUGGAGGCCACGACAGCCAUGCUUUACAAGUGGAAAAUGACCUGGCACGAAAAGGAUCCCGUCGCAAAAGAGAGUUCAUACCUGAGGAGAAGAAGGAUGCCCUCUACUGGGAGAAACGCCGGAAGAACAACGAGGCAGCCAAGCGGUCGAGGGAGAAAAGAAGAAUGAAUGACUAUGUGCUGGAGACACAUCUCAUGGCUCUGAAAGAAGAAAACACCAGGCUUAGUGCUGAAUUAAUGGCUAUCAAGUUCCACUUUGGCCUGGUCCACCCUGCAGUCUAUAGUGAACGCCCACCUAACCAACAGCAACGCAGCAGCACUCAGCCUCUUGCCGCCACCAGCAACCACUACCAAUCCCUGCAGCAGAACUACUACUGGGGUGACAGGGACUCUCCUGUUGUGCCCAGCCACCAACCCUCUCACCCUUUGUUAAUCCCUGCGUAUGCCCUACAUACCAUACCGAGAGGCUAUUCAUACGUAAAUACAUCUGGUGCUACUGGCUCUGGAGUCCUUACUCCCCUUGUCCUUCCUCCAAAUUUCUUGCCAACCCACUCAUCUCAUCCUAGAGCUCCGCUUGUGAUGCCAAUUCCUUCAAGAGUCACCUCAGAUGAAGAGGAGCAGCAGGUCCCAGGGCUGUUGUCCUACUCCAGCUCUGCUCCACCUCACAAAAUCACCAGCAGAAGAGCCAGAAGCCACUCUUCACAAAGACAAUGCAUGUCUGAUUGACAAAAACAGAGAAGUGUAUCUACUGUACAGCAAAUGGACUAAUGGAGAGAGACGAAAAUUCUUAAUUUCUUUUUCUUUACAGUCAAGUACUCAUGUUGACAAGUAACUUUAGGAACUAUUUCUGUGAACUGAUGGUGCAAGGUGUAUAUUGCUUUCAAAGUAAGACUGUUUAGGUGCACAAAGAGUGGAAACCUCCACAUACUGCUUUUUGCAUCAUGGAAACCACUGACAGCUCUGUGUUGGACGUUAACUGCUCACUGUACAGCCACAUAUUGCAUAAGCGUUCUAAAUACAAUAGAUUCAUGCUGUUCAAGUUCACAGCACACCAUCACAAAAAUAGAGGUCGGAGGCAGCUCUUCUGGCCAUACUUUGAGCAUUUCAAAAUUGGGCUGACAGUUACAUGUGGGUCAUGAACAAGGUAACAGUUCUCACUAUUCUCAGCUCAGCAUUCUUAACUUAGAGGACAGAUAGCUAUUCAAAGCACUCUAGCAAAAACAUGACUUUUUUGACAUGUGUGUGAAUGCUGAGCAAUACUGUGACUGAACUGAAUUGUCCAAUGCCAGUUUGUAUUUUGCUGAAGGAUAAACAUUACAUGGUGCUACCGCCUCUCUGUUAACCGGCAACUGUAGCCUUGAAUAGAUUAAUGUAGAAUCAAGCAUUUUUCUCCUUUGUUUUGUAAUCCAGUUGCCAUAACAAACUGUGGGAUACAGCCUCCCUCGAAAUGGAAACAGUGAAGUAUGAUGAUGAUGAUGAUGAUGAUGAUGAUGAUGAUGAUGAUGAUGAUGAUGAAGUUCUCUGGUCUGUGUGGGCAGAAGUCGUCAUCUCCCCCCAUACUGUGGCCACAGUGUUUUUGAACCUUCCAAUAUUACGAUAAGCCUGAGGGUGAUGUGUUAAAAUAUUUAAUUUAAAAAGGAUUAAAGCAGUGAAACUACAGAAUUGUGAACAAGGUCUUAAGUUUAUUUUAUUUUUUAACAGAUCCAAACAGAACAGACCUCACAAAAGACCAAAAACCACUCCCUUCCUCCCUUCAUAUUCCAAAAGUGAAUCUUAAAGUUGAAAUAUAGGAGGGCGAUCAAAGCUCUGCCGUAUAUCGAUGCCACCUCCAUUUUUCUGCCUUGGACUAUGGGCUUGAGGUUUUAGCACCAAAAUAUGGCUUAAAAAGUAAAAGUGUUGCAUCAGAAACACGUGUUGCUACCCUCUUCUUUAGGUUGGCAUCUGGUGAUUCUUUCGGUGUAUUUUUGAGUCAGCAGCCCCCCAGGCAGCAGCAGGUUGUUGGCUCAUAGCCUGACAGGGCUGAUGGCAACACUGCUGCUGGCCAGGCAAGCAGCCAGUCCCGCUGGCUCAAAGACAACCUCAAAGAAACAGCCAAUGCCAAUAGGAAGACAGCAGCUGACUACUGAGCUUUUCUAACAUAACACUAUUUUGUUUAUGGCCAAGAACGCAACAGCUUAUCAGCUGCUGUGGUUAUGGCAAUUAAACAUAACUUAUGAAGUAGUUAACAGCAGGCAAAGAGACCAUAGCAGGUACAAGCAAAACUAAAGAUUAGAAGACAGUAAAAAUGCAACAUCUAGUCCCCCUUUUUUGGGAUUUUAUAUUUUGCCUUAGACAUUUAGCAGUUUAAACAACCUAAAAAAAAAAUGGCUACUGGUUGAAACAUACAGAACCUGUUAUAACUGACGUUAUGUAAACCAAACAAUUAUUUAUGUGUGUUUUGAUAAUACUACAUGGUGCCCUUUUAUUCAUUUUCAUUCAACUCACACAAGCUCAGUUGUUUGCAGUUCAAACUAAAGUUACAAACUGUUAGUGAGGCUGCCGAAGUUGACAGGCAAAUUAUUUCUAUUCAUUUGGGUUGUCAGUUUCUCUUUAAUAAUCCUUCCCAUGCACUUUUCAGUGUAAUGACAAUGAAUAAUGAAUUCGGCGGAUUUAGGUGGCUAAGUAGUGAGCAUUUAACCACCUAAAUGGUUAGCAAACAGCAGCUAUUUCACAGUGCUAGUUACCGGCUAGCUUGCUAACACUGGCGCAGUUUAGCUAGUUCGUAACGCAAAAACAAACUUUCAUGUAUUUAACACAGUAAGAGAGGAACUAUGUAUGUCAGAGUGAGAUAUACUUACAAUUGUGAAGGGGGCAACGUGGCCAAGCUUACUAGGCUGGUAUUUAGCUGUGAAAAAAUGAAAAGAAUACAAACAAACGAACAAACUAAAACGUUCAUCUUGGUCAUCUUACAGAUCACAACCGUCGCGGAGGGAUUUAUUCCUGCCGGUAAACAUGGCGCAAACUACGGCAUCCCCCGAGGACAAUUUCGGGAAUUACCUCACAGGAACUUUCAAUCCAUAGAGAAAGGCAGAGGUGUAAUAUAUUACGAUAUUAUAUUUUAUAGUUAACAGUUUAUGGUUGUUAUCACAGUGCGAUUUGCUGCUGUCGCAGUUAGAUAAAGAGGGACUAGUUUACUCAGCUCUCUUCACAGGUGUAACAUCGAAUUUGGUGACUAUUAUAUUCCGUGACUGCAGGAGGUGCUGUUGCGUUUGGGCAGCUUUCAUUCGCUCGUACUGUCUAUGUACAGACCAUGCAGUCUUUUAUGUCCAGUCUAUGAUACAGACACAAACAACAUAGACUGUAAACAGAGGCUGCAGUCUAAUGAUGACUGAGUCCACGUAUAGCAGGCCAAAUUAACCCCGAAGCAAAACUAUACCCAGGUAUAAUUUGGCUGAGGCAAAAUUACAACCCUGAGAAAUAACAUAGACUGGUUUAUACUCUGAUGUAAACUGUGGCCUGGACCAGACUGUACCCUCCUAAUCCAGACUAUGCUCACUUGUGUUUUUUCAAAAAUAAGUCUGUAUUUCAAUGUUCAAAGUUUCUUUGCUACUGCAACAUAGAAGAUCAGCAUUACUUUUUAGUGACAAAAUCAUUGGUUAAUCACAUAGAGACUAUUGGCAAUACGGCAUUCUAGUCUGGGUUGCGACUUCACAUGAUUAUAGAAAAAAUCUUGUCACAAUUUACUAAAACAACGCAGAUUUUGUUGCCCAAAAAGCCCCCCCCAAAAAACCAAAAACAGAACAAAAACAUUCCCAUCAAACAGUAACCUUUAGGACAACUUACUGUUUCUUACUGUUACUUACUGUUGUGUGUUAGGCAAAAGCCACAGUCCUGUCAACUUGGACUGUUAAAGCACAAAAAACACUGACCACUUUAAUUUGGUUAGAAUUUUGAAAUUGCACUUGAGAGAUUCUAAAUUUGAGAUUUAAAUGUCAGAUUAUUAUUGAGCAUAAUUCCAAGAAAAAUGAAGCUUGUUGUUUCUGUAAUGAUGGGGAAUUGUU